UCGCACUUCCUGUUAUUGCUGACUUCAUUUCCGGGCGUCGUUUCUAGCAGAGGUGAAAGACAUAAAUACAUUGACCGCAGAUUUGGGCUUUAUUUCGGAUUUAAUAUCGGAUUUAUGAGCGAAAUCUGGAUUCGUUCUGUCGGACAUCAUCGCGGAGGGAAACAAGAACAAAAGGAAGAGUAAAACUGACGAGAAACUCGUUUCUUAUAGAAGUGAAAGAGAAUUCCUACUGAAACUCGUUUGAAUUAAACAGAUUACGUCAGAAUUUGAUAUUAAUAGUGAAUGAUUCGUGUAUUAUAAGAUAUAGGAUUGUUAUUAUUAUUAUUUUAGUUACAAGAUAUAUUAUUAUUAGAGAGAUUACAUUCAUAUAAUCAGGAAUUCAGUGUGACGGUAUAAAGUUAGACUAAACGAUCCAUAUUAUAUCAAUAAUCACUAUAAUGGCUGUUGGUCAGGCGGAAACUCUCCACUGGUUUCAUAUAUGAGCUGAAGAGCUCAGGCAGGUGUUUUUAAUGGGAGGCGGGUUGAUCUGUUCUGAGAUCAGUGGGCGAAUCUUGCACAGAUGGCGGAGGUACCGGCUCUGGCCCGGUUGGAGUCCCUGGCCCGGUACGUUCACAAAGCAGCCAGUGAGGGGAGAGUCCUGACCCUGGCUGCCCUGCUCCUGAACCACUCCAGCGUCCAGACCCGAUACCUGCUGGAGUAUGUGACCCAGGUGGCCGGCCAGAGAUCUACACCCCUCAUUAUUGCUGCUCGGAACGGACAUGACAAGGUGGUCCGGCUGCUUUUGGACCACUAUAAGGUGGACACCGAACAGACGGGGACUGUGAGAUUUGACGGGUAUAUUAUCGAUGGCGCCACAGCUCUUUGGUGUGCAGCCGGCGCUGGACAUUUCGAGGUGGUACGUUUGCUGGUUUCCCACAGCGCCAACGUGAACCACACCACCCUCACUAACUCCACCCCCCUCAGAGCUGCGUGCUUCGACGGCCGACUGGACAUCGUACGGUACCUUGUGGAGCACAAGGCCGACAUCAGCAUCGCCAAUAAGUACGACAACACUUGUUUGAUGAUCGCUGCCUAUAAGGGCCACGCUGAUGUCGUUUACUUCCUGCUGGAGCGGGGCGCCGAUCCCAAUGCUAAAGCUCACUGCGGGGCCACCGCACUGCACUUUGCCGCCGAAGCCGGGCAUCUGGACAUUGUGAAGGAGCUGGUGAAAUGCCAAGCGGCUAUGGUGGUUAACGGACAUGGCAUGACGCCACUGAAAGUGGCGGCCGAAAGUUGCAAGGCGGAUGUGGUAGAACUGCUACUGUCCCACGCGGAUUGCAACGCACACAGCCGCAUCGAGGCAUUGGAACUGCUUGGAGCGUCUUUCGCCAACGACCGUGAGAAUUACGACAUUCUUAAGACCUACCACUACUUGUACCUGGCCAUGCUGGAGCGAUUUCGUGAUCCCCAGAGGGUCAUUGCCAAAGAGUUGCUGUCACCUGUGCAUGCAUACGGAGGGAGAACCGAAUGCCGGACUUUGCAAGACUUGGAAGCCAUUCGGCACGACCGGGAUGCGCUGCACAUGGAAGGCCUGAUGAUUCGAGAACGAAUUCUAGGUGCAGAUAACAUAGACGUGUCGCAUCCCAUUAUAUACCGCGGCGCAGUCUACGCCGACAACAUGGAGUUUGACCUUUGCAUCAAGCUGUGGCUGCACGCUCUGCACCUACGCCAGCAAGGAAACCGCAACACGCAUAAAGACCUCUUGAGAUUCGCGCAAGUGUUCUCGCAAAUGGUCCACUUGAAGGAGCCGGUCCGCGCAUCGGACGUGGAGCACGUUUUGCGCGCCAGCGUCCUGGAGAUCCGCCGCAGCAUGGCACGUGUGCAAACCGCCACGGAAGCAGACUUGCCGGCGGCCAACGACAACUACGAGUCUAACGUGUUCACCUUCCUCUACCUGGUUUGCAUUUCAACCAAAACGCAGUGCGGCGAAGAGGAACGAGCGCGUAUAAACAAACAGAUCUACGACUUAAUACGCCUGGAUCCGCGUUCCCGAGAGGGGUCGUCACUUUUGCACCUGGCGGCGAGCUCCAGUACGCCCGUAGAUGACUUCCACACCAACGACGUUUGCAGUUUCCCCAAUGCGCAAGUGACCAAGCUGCUCAUAGACUGCGGCGCCCAAGUGAACGCCGUGGACAAUGAAGGAAACAGUCCUCUACAUCUCAUAGUACAAUACAACCGUCCCAUCAGCGACUUCCUGACCCUCCACGCCAUCAUCAUCAGCCUCGUCGAAGCCGGCGCUCAUACGGACAUGACCAACAAGCAAAAGAAGACCCCGCUUGACAAGAGCACAACAGGCGUUUCUGAAAUCCUUCUGAAAACGCAAAUGAAGAUGAGUCUGAAAUGCCUGGCGGCUCGUGCCGUGCAACAACAUCAGAUCUUGUAUCGGGACCAGAUUCCCAAAAGUCUGGAGGAGUUUGUUGAAUUUCACUGACCUGUACUUUUAGUUUUCCGUCAGAUCUGGUUUAAUGUUUUUGGAGUUUGAUUUAACUUGACUCUUGAUUUGAUCUUGUUUACGUACUCAGCACGGAUUGUAAGUCUAGAUUUUGUCCCUAAUUUACUUGUUGAUCCAUUUGAGAGAUGUUAAAUCUGACUGCUGCAUUUUAACCCAAAGUAACUGGAGUCUCCAGUUUCAUCCUGGUUCUUUUUUUAUCAAAUCAAAGAGUGUGUUGAUGCUCAUGGAUACAUGCAGCACGAAAGACUCUUAUUUUGAAAAUCUUCUUUUGACGAACAGCAUUUUAUUGUGUUGUACUUUAGUCAUCGUGACAAUGUGAACAGCUCUUUUUUUAAAAUAAGCUGGUCUUUUGUCAACCUUUUCAUAAUUUUUUGGUUUUCUUAACAUAUUUUAUAAAAGGAUUAUUUAAAACAGAGUCUAAAAUGUCUAUUUUAUGAGGAAUCAAUAGCUGAGAGUUGAUGUCCUAAAGCUAAACUCCGUGCCAGGCGAUUUCUUUUAUUAGAAUAUUAAAAUGUGCCUGUAACCAGAAGUUGGACAUUUAUAAUUAUUAUUAUUAAUGUAACUAUUAUUAUGUUUUGUUUUUUUAAACAUGAUGCCACUGUAAAGCCAAUUAGCAAGUCUGUAAUUCUGACUUGCGGUAAUGAACAUUUGCUGGAGCUCUUUUGGAGUCACGGGGCCUUAUUCUGGAAGGUGCUGUUGUGUGAGAAGCAUGUCUUCCCGCUUUUAUCUCUCUGUGUGUGUGAGUUUGAGUGCUUGAAUGUGGCCGAUUCUGAAUGUGGAGGUUUUCAACCCUCUGUGUUUGCACCAUGUUUUAUUCUUUAAUUACUGGGGAUUGUUCAACGUGUUUUUAUUUCCAAUCCAAAUAAAACAAGAUUAAAAACAUCGA